CCAUUGAGUUUUUUUUUUCCAAUUUCCACCUAUACCCUUAGUGAAACGAAGAUGCGUCAAUUACACGCUUGCUUAAAACGCGUCACCUAAACCUAGACCCACUCUUCCUGAUCCUGAGAAAGUCCGUCUCUUUGCCCCAAAUCAAUUUUCUCCAAUUUCCUCACAUUUUAUUUCCGGCCGAAAUAAUGGCUGACGCCACCGCGGUCUCCGUCGAUCAGCCGCCGUCUCAAACCGCUGAUUACGAUUGCGGCCUCUCGGUUCCACCUUUUGAUGCUGAUUUCUUUUCUCAAGACCUAAUUGAUAACGCCGGUGGUGCCCUUGGCGACGACCUCGAUUUCGAUUACUCCUUCGACGAUCUAUAUCUCAAUUUCGACGACGGAAUCGACGGCCUCCUUAACCCCGAACAAAUUAUAGGUUUCGAUUCCCAGCCGGGGCAGAACGCGAGUUUCCCCCAAUUCGAACCGAACGCCGACCAAUUUAACGCCGUUUAUAAAUCGACUUCUUCGGAAUUAUGUCAUAUUUCAGGAGAAGGCGAUUUUCUUGGCGAUCGCAGCUCCAAUGGCUCGGGGGGUCUGAAUUCAACGUCACCUUUGUUGGAGCAGCACCAUACUUCCGGCCAUCUCAAUGUGCCGUCGCCCGAAUCGAAAGGAUCAAAUGGCGGGAACUCCGAUAAUUGCGGUGGUGAUACAAAAGGAUUAAAUUGCGCUUCACCAGAAUCUCGGGGUUCAGGUAAUUGCGGGUCUAAUGUAUCCGAGCACUCGAAUAAUUGCGUGACCAGGUCGGUGAGUUCUUCCCCAAAUUCGAUUAGGGUUGGAGCUGUUAAUCAAAUUAAGUCAGAGGAGCCGCCCAAAAACAAAGUUAAAACCUCUGUUUUGAAAAGGAAAAAAGAUUCAGAUGAUCUGCCCAAUAAAACCGUAGAGUCAAGGAUUAACAAGUAUAGAAAAUCUAACUUGAAUUCAGAGGAUAGCAAUAAGAACGAGAACGACGAUAAUGGGGGGAUAAGUGAAGAGGAUGAGAAAAGGAAGGCCAGGUUGAUUAGGAAUAGGGAGAGUGCUCAAUUAUCGAGACAGAGGAAGAAGCAUUACGUAGACGAGUUAGAGGACAAGGUGAAAAUGAUGCACUCGACUAUUCAAGACCUAAAUACAAAGAUUUCAUACUUCAUGGCGGAAAAUGCGACUUUGCGACAACAAAUGGUUGGUGGUGCUGUCCCACAGCCUCCUCCACCAGUGGCGGCACAGCCCCUUCCUGGAAUGUACCCCCAUCCAGCCAUGAUGUAUCCAUGGAAUCCAUAUGCUCCACCUUAUAUGAUGAAGCCACACGGAUCUCAAGUGCCUUUGCUGCCAAUCCCGAGAUUACCACAACAGCCUGCACAAGUGCCGAAGGUGAGCAAGAAGGUAGAGAGUAAGAAGAAAGAUAGGCCAAAGACGAAGAAAGUUGCUGGUGUUAGUUUCCUCGGUUUGCUGUUUUUCGUUAUGUUAUUUGGAGGCUUGGCUCCACUAGUCAAUAUGAGGUAUGGAGGAGUGAGGGAGACAUUGAUGGGCGGAGGAGAAAGUUAUGUCGGAGGUGGGUUUCACGAGAACCAUCGAGGUAGGGUUUUGAUGUUGAAUGGGACUGGGACUGGGAAUGGUGUGAAAGAUGGUGUUAAAAGUGAUUUUAGUAGUGAAAGUAGUAUACAUUGUGGUCGAGUAGGUCAUGAUAGUGGAGCGAAGCCAAACGCAGAUGAUUUUGGUGGACUGGGCAAUGGGAGCGAACCUCUUGUCGCGUCGUUGUAUGUCCCUAGGAAUGAUAAGAUGGUCAAGAUAGACGGGAACUUGAUUAUCCAUUCAGUGUUGGCAAGUGAGAAAUCCAUGUCGUCAAAUCGGAAGGGAAGUGGUGAGACUGGUUUGGCAGUUCCUGGAGAUUUAAGUCUUACUGUUCCAGGUGUGGGUAAUAAUGGUGCUAGGCAUCCCCAUCUCAGGGCUCUUGGUUCGGGCUCAGCAGACAAGGAUAGUAGACAGCCAAAAGCAACUGAUGGCGUGCUUCAGCAAUGGUUCCGUGAAGGCCUUUCUGGUCCCAUGUUAAGCUCCGGCAUGUGUAGUGAAGUUUUCCAGUUUGAAGUGUCGCCGGGGGCCAUAAUCCCUGCUUCUACUACAUCAAGAAACACUUCUGAGCAGAAACAGAACUCCACUCGACUGAGCAAGGGAAUGAAUAGAAGAAUUCUUCGAGGUCUUCCUAUUCCACUUCCUCAAUCCUCGUACGAUAUUUCCAGACAACACGCCGGAACUAACUCACAGAAUAAGAACUUGAAUGGUAAUAAUUCCGUCUCUCCUCCUAUGGUGGUUUCUGUGCUUGUUGAUCCUAGAGAGGCAGGUGAUGCUGACGUGGAUGGUGUCAUGGGAGGAACGAAAUCCCUCUCGCGAAUUUUUGUCGUUGUGUUAGUUGACAGUGUGAAGUACGUCACAUACUCGUGCAUGCUUCCGUUUAAGGGAUCUGCCCCUCAUCUAGUGACUAAUUGAGUGUUGAAAAUGUUUAUGCCGAGUCGCUUUUGUAGAUAGCGGAGACACUUUUGGAUCUCAUAUGUUUUAACUUAUAAUUUUACCUUGUGUAAUAAUUAAUGACUAAUAGGUACUGUAGACUGAUGCUCUUAUGAACUUCGUCUGUAAAUCUUUACCUUGAUUUUAUAUUCA